AUGGAGUCUUUAGACCUGGUAUUGUGUUCUCGCGCCAACGCUAAACAACGCAAAGGUUGCGAUGGCCGAGUGAUGACGGGCGUCAGCGUGCAACUGUACACCUCGAACCACAACUUACUGGACCAGCCCAUCCCGGGGAUACACAGGGUGCCGCUGGACCAGCUCGUCUUGAAGAUCAAGAUACUACUGCUGUUUCAAGAUAUGAGUAUUCAUGAGGUUUUAGUUAGCUCACAGCUUAUAGCUCGGUUAAAAAGCAAAGAAGUUGACUUGUUGAACGAAUAUUAUUAA